UCUCCAGUCAAGCCUCCUCCCUGAAUCCUGCCCUGGGGAGGGAGACUCUCAGGAGGCCAUUUCAUAGGAAAACACCCCCAAGAAUAAAAGGCAACUGGAGAUACGAUUCGUGGGUAGAGGCUGGAACUGAACACAGGCCUCAGAAAUCUAAACUGCUCUUCUCUUGAGGUUACAGCCUGUGCUGGGGACAAGAUGGGGUGUCAUGGGGACCAGUGGGAAACAUCACCAUCAUCUAAAGCAGGGGGUGAGGUUUGCAUGGGAAAGGAUGUAGAGGUGCCACUGGCUGCCCCAUGUUCCUGUCCCUUUAAGUCGGCACCCCUGGGCCCUCCCUCUGGGGCUCUGAGCUCUGAGAGGCCCUGACUUCCUCCCUGCGCUGGGAGGAGCAGCAUUCUGUGCUCAAGACCAACUGAAGGGAAAACACUAGGUCAGGGGCCUCUCCAGCCAACGUCAAAGCCUGUCACCAUCGCUGCUGGAAAGGUGAGCCCAUACGGGGAAGGGGGUCGCCCAGGUGUGGGAGCUGUGAAGACUUCAGGACCUGUGUGUAGCUCACUGAGCAAGCAUGGGAGGACGGAAGAUGGCAAGAGAUGAAGAAAAUGCCUAUGGUCGCGAGGACGGGGACGACGCGCCCCCCGCACGCGAGCCCCGGCUCGGGCUAAUCCUGGUCGGCAGGACCGGCGCGGGCAAGAGCGCCACGGGCAACAGCAUCCUGGGCCACAGGAGCUUCCCGUCCAGGCUCGCCGCCGCCCCGGUGACCAGGACGUGCGCCCUGGGGAGCCGCCGCUGGGCCGGCUGGCGCGUGGAGGUCACCGACACCCCGGACCUCUUCAGCGCCGAGGGCCGCCGCGCCGACCGGGGCUGCGCCGAGCGGGGCCGCUGCUACCUGCUGUCGGCGCCCGGGCCGCACGCGCUGCUGCUGGUCACCCAGCUGGGCCGCUUCACCGCCCAGGACGAGCAGGCGGUGCGCGGCGUCCGCGAGCUGUUCGGGCCCGGCGUGCUGGCGCGGGCCGUCGUGGUCUUCACCCGCCGCGAGGACCUGGCGGGGGCCUCGCCUCACGACUACGUGCGCGCCACCGACAACCGCGCGCUGCGGGCCCUGGUGGCCGAGUGCGGCGGCCGCGUGUGCGCGCUGGACAACCGGGCGGAGGGCGCCGAGCGCGAGGCGCAGGCGGGGGAGCUGCUGGCGCUGGCGGCGCGGCUGGCGCGGGAGCACGCGGACGCGCCCUUCACCAACGACGUGUACCGCCUGGCGGCGGAGCUGCGCGGCGCGGCCCCGGACGGCGGGCUCCGGCGGGUGUGCGAGCGGCUGGCGGCCGGCGGCCCGGGGCGGGGGCGGCGGGGGCGGGGGCGGUGGCGGCGGGUGCUCGUGCUGCUGGGGGGCGCGCUGCUGCUCGGCCUGCUGCUCUGCCGCCUGCGGUCCCCGGCCUUGCAGGAGAUCAGUCCGGACUGACCCUGCAGCUCGGACCUCAUCUCACCCGAUAACCACUUCGCCGCCGGUGGGGUGCCCCUGCACGGCCCCGGGCUCGUCGUGCCCCAUCCCUACCGGUACGACCUGUUCAGAGCCCCACCGGGGCCGCUCUCCCGGGAGCGGGAGACCUCCUGGGACGUGACCUUCCCUGAGCUCUCCUUUCACUGACACCCAACCUCCAGCGUUGGCUUUGUCUCUUCUCCGCUGACCUCGGGGGGGCCUUUCCCUGUCAUUGGAUAGUCUUCGCUCCUUUUUUUUGCCCUGGCGUCCCGUGGACUCCCCGAAAGCCACAGGGCAACAGGCGUCACAGAGCAAAGCCUCACUCCCUAUUCGUGUAUUUGAGUUGAAUCUGAGUUUAAUAAAUACAUAUACUAAAGAGUCACUUCCCGUUAAAGGAAAUCGAUAUUUCCAUUGGUGGUACAUGUCUUUUUUGCCUUAUAUUCCCAUUAAACGACACGACUCCUGUUAUUCCUCACCCUGUCUGCAAAAACCACACACCCCAGUGCCCGUGCACACACGCACACAUGCAGGCAUAUGAUCCUAAGAAUACACUGGAGUAAAACCAUCUUUGUACCAGCAAGGCAAUGUCUCCCUGGGCAUGGCCAUUCCUGCCCCCUCAGCAGCCAAAGGCAGAUGGGUGUACAGGUCCAGAAGAAUAGGCAGAGAGCCCUAAUUCCUCAGGGGUUAUUAAGAGCCUGCAGAAAGUCAACUCCCAAAGAGGAGUUUGUUCACUGGCUCACACACUCACAGGGUAAGGUUACACUUUUCAACUCAGGGAUAGAUAAAACAUUUGGGGCACCUGGGUGGCUCAGGGAUUGAGCAUCUGCCUUGGGCUCAGGUCGUGACUUCGGGGUCCUGGGAUCAAGUCCUGCAUGGGGCUCCCUGCAGGGAGCCUGCUUCUCCCUCUGCCUACGUCUCUGCCUUUCACUCUGUGUCUCUCAUGAAUAAAUUCCUUUUUUUUUUUUUUAUAAGAGGUUUGGAAUUUUUUCUUUUAUUUCCAUCUCAGUAAGAGGAGGGCAAACAGUCUUGUAGGCCAACUGGUGAAAUGAUGUGAGGUGCAGAGUCAUCUUCAUCUCCGGUGUGUCUCUGGGAGGGUCAGCUCUCUGGUCCAGGUCAAAUGAGCCGGGUUAGCCUACAUCAAGCCCCCUAACUCCCUAUCUCUCCACCCAUGUUUGCUUUGUCUGGAACACCUCCACCCUCAUGCACAAACUCAAGCUCCUCUCUGAUACUGCUGCUUCCAAAUCUCUUCCUUCUCAUACCCCCUACCCAGUUGCCCUCACAGCCAGGGAUUUUCAGAUUACUGAUGACCUCAGAUUACUAAUGAGAUGCAUAUACAUGAGCACAAAUUGCAGAGAGAGGCCCACAGUCCUGCAUGGAAGCCAUGCAGACACUAACAGGAACUCUGAUGCCAAAUGCUGAGAUUUUAAAUUCCCCCGGCUGCAAAGGUCAUUUUGGCUUAAGGGGUUGUGUGCAGAUCCCAGCAGAAUACCUGAUAGGGAAUCUUGAUUUUGGUCUUAUUCACUUUUCAAUGUAUUCUUGCGCUGUACAAAUAGAAACAAAUGAAACAAAACUCUGGCAUUGUCUCUCUGCUGAGAAAGAAGAUGGUCACUAGCAGAAAUGAAUUAAAAAAUAAAAAUUAAAAA